UGUAGUGCGAUACCAUUCGGCGUGGAUGGAGUUUGACUACGAUGAGGGUGAUAGGAAACACCGCAAGCAGCGCGCACGACGACGAAAGAAUACGAACACCGAUGACCACUCUCGCAAUACGACUCGGCUCUCAAACGACGGCAUGAUGGUCAUGACAAAGUAUACCGGAGGCGAUAGCGCCAUGCACCACUCCACCAGAUACGCGAUGAGGCGGGCACGCACAUACUCGCCGUGCAACUCUGGUCCCAUGCACACACAAUUGCAUACGAAUACAUACGCACACACACACGCCCACGCCCACGCCCACGCCCACGCCCACGCCCACGCCCACGCCCACGCACACGGAUAUGAACCAGCCACACCUAGAUUCGCCGACGCGGAUGGGUUGGGAGAAGGGUCGGCUGGGUCGUACACGGAUCCGUAUGGCUACGGCAGUGACAAAGGCCAUGUGCUUGUACAUGUACACGCACACCCACCCACGCACAUCCACCCACCCACACAACACACUCAUGCACGGGAACAUACACACGCACACGGAGUUACCACGGGGUGCAGAAUGUGCAAGCCAAGCCGAGAUGAUGAGGGUGCGUCGCACACAACGGGAUGUUCGUGUGCUGGCGUGACGGAAACAGGAGGCGUGGACACGCUUUAUACUGAGCAACGCCAAUACGAUGUGGAAACCCCGAACUCCACCACCUCCGAGCUCAGUGUCCUGGGUCGAGGGCGGCUGUGUAGGCCAAAGGAGGUACCGAUACAUGGACACCCACCCCAGGCGAACAAGGGCGUACCCAGCAUCACUGUGAGACAGUGUAGUGCGCAGUGUGGUGUACAGACCUGGAAAGGUUCGGUACAGACAGCUGUGCCUGAGUUUGAGUAG